ACGAGAUUGAAGGAUUAAGAAGAAAUUGCGUGGAAGGAAUGAUGGAAAUAGACUCGCAAGAGUACUCUAACAUCCCGUACUAUUCUGAUCUUGGUUCCGAGUCAACGGGGAAUGAUACCUACAUAAAGCAGACACUUUUGCAUUCACCAAUAAUAACUAAUAUCAUACCUGAUUUCAAGGUUUGUAUCAAUAAGAAGAUCCGUGGGUUAUCUUCAGACUCAAUUAAUGAUGAAGCAGAUCAAACACUCAUUCCACCAGAAGAAGACUCACAGUUAGAUGUCUUUGAUGACGAUGAUAUUUUCAUGGAAGCUCAAGACAAGGAAGAAGUAGACAAACCAGCAGAAGAGCCUCCACAAUUAAUACCGAUAAAAGUGAUUGUGAAAACAAGUUCAAUAAUGGUUGAUGACGUUGAGUAUGGGUUGAAUGCGUCGGUUAGAUCCUCGUGUGUUGUUAGAGGAGUCAAUUUUGGUGAUAUUGUGAAUGAAGAUUCUUUAUUGAUUUCAAUAAAAUCAGGAUUUAUGUUUUUGAUAAGGAUAUUUAACGUGCCCCGUAAUUAUAGCAUGGACAAUCACGAUAUGGGAGACUCAAUUGAUCCUGAGCUUAGUCAUAUCUUAAAACCUUAUCUUGUCCAAUGGUGGGACACUUCUAGCUCUGCUUCAAAUCCUUGUUUGAGUGAUUCAGGAUUUGAUUUGUCGGCUCAUUCUUCAGGACUUUCCAUAGUUUCUGCAUCUGCCUCGGACGUUUUCCGGAUAUACAAUUGCCAACAAACCGAUACGGGUCUUAUGCUUUUACCCCAUUUUAAUGUACAAGUUGAUGGUGUGAUUAUUCAGUCCUGUUUUGCUGAGCCUUUGGAUAAAACUGUGCUUGAAAGCCGUUUUAUGUUCUUGUCUUUACAAUAUUCUGAAUCAUGUCGUUUGGAAUUGCAUUUGUUUUCUUGGUCUUGGUCUGACAGCAUAGUUGAUUCAUUAGAAAAAUCAAAGCUUCCUUUACCUAAUACAUUCCCUAUCCCAAUAUUUAUCAUACCGCUCGCGAAUAAUGCAAGCUUCUUAUUUGUUUCCCCAAAUGACCUAAUUAUUGUCACAAUUCACCAUAUAACUUCAGCUGAGUAUGAUUUCAAGUCUUUUUCUUUUGGAGGAAGUUUUCCUACAAGUUUUUACAUACCAGACACUUUACAAAUAGAUGAUGAGAAAUCUGAUAAUGUGUUAAUAGCAACCGAUGAUGGUAUCAUUUAUUCAGUCAUGAUAACGAAUAAUGAUAAAUUGUCCGUUUCUCCAGUGGUGAGGGUUGCAGAUCCAAUAUCAGUUUUCACCAUGGAGAAACUGGGUAAGCAUUAUCGGUUGAUAUUCGGAAGUGAUACUGGGUCUAAUAGAGACCUAAUGGUAAAUGAGCUUUUCGAUAAAGAGUAUCUAAGCACUCUAGAAGAAAAUCAAAAAGUGAAGUAUAGUACAGCCCUGCUCAUAUCAGAUUAUAAGAAUUGGACUCCUAUAUUGGAUAUUCUGAUUAUUGACUCAUUCAAAUCACGUUCAAUGACUAACCCGUCUGAUAAAGAGCUAUGGGCACUUACUGGAACAGGUAAAAGAACUCGUUUGACCCAGUUAAGGAAAGGUUAUAAUGCUCGUCGGAAAAGCAAAACCUACGAAAGAUUAAGAAAGGCUACUGACAUAUGGUAUAUUUCAUUACUAGGUCGAAAUUUUCUUUUUUGCUCAUUACCAUUUGAAACUGCAGCCCUCGAGUACCAACCAAAUUCUGAAGAUAUUUUAUAUGAAAUCGAAGAUCCAAAGAUCUUAAGCGAUGAACUGACACUUGCAUUCUACAAUCUCAAUGAGAACUAUAUUUUACAGAUUACUAGAAGCUUGAUUAUAGUUUCCGAUUUGUUCAGACUGUUCUCUUUAGAUUUGUCUAAUUUCCACGUGAUAUCGGCUGAUAAGUUGAGUUCUACUUUAAUCUUAUUGACUGAUAAUAAUGGUAUACUUGAAAUUCAGUUGAUAGAAUUGGAUGCACAAUUUCACGCGGAGGAUGAAUUUAACGAGCUUGAAUUUGCAAAAUUUGUUACAAAAAUCCCAAUAGAAUAUCAAGCAACAAUCAUCAAGCUCAUUGAAGUGGAUGAUGUAAUCUCUAUUCUUGUAGGAGAUUAUAAUGGUAAUUUGUUCAUAUACAAUACGAACUAUUUGGAAUCGAUGCCCCCCUUCAAAAUCUCCAUAAAUUCAUUCUUUCCAAACAAUAAUAACUUUGAUUCUGGACUUCAAGAUGUCAUUAUCAAUGAUAUGUUGUUUUUAAAGAAGACAUCCGCUCUUCACAUCGGUACUAAAGACGGCUGUUACAUCGUUCUCAAAAUAAAUAGCUCUUUUGAAGUUGAGUGUGAGAAGUUCUUAAAAUUAGGACUUACUCCCGUUUCUCUUCAGUUUACUUCUAAACGCGAGGACUUUUUAAUGAUCAAUUGCAGAAACUUGUGGAUAGUGAAUGUAUAUGACUCUGGUUUUCCCCUGAAAGUUUAUCUCGAAGAAAAGACUGACCGUGCAAUAAUGACCACAGCUCCAUUAAUUCUGCUGGAGGAAACAUCAAAAGUUCUCUUUGCAUUCGUCAGAUAUGAAGGUCUAACAAUUGGUUCAGUAAAUCUUAAUCAAGGUCCCGUGGUCAAACAGGUCAAUAUUGCGGAAUCUGCCAAAAAAUUGUUUUACUUGCCCUAUCUCUCUUGUUUUGUUGUAUUAUGUCUUUCAAAAGACACUCGAAGUCGGUUAAAAUUUAUAGAUCGAAAAUCAUUUAAGCCAAUACAACACAAAGAAUUGAUGAUGAAGUCUAACCCAGAUCUAAGGCCAGACCAAAUUUUUAAAAAAGAAGAAGAACCGAUUUCAGUAUGUAUUUGGUCUAUAAUAAGAGGAGGGAAAGUUUCGAAAAAGCUUCUUUUAGGAUGUCGUUAUGGUCUGACAAGCGGUUCCUUCAAGAUACUAAACGUCGGAAAAGUACCAGCACCGGACGACCGAGGCACAAUACUCAAAGUUACUGAACUAAAUUCGUUCGAGCACAAGGAACCUAUAAGUAACAUUCAGCAAAUCGGUGAUACAAUUUUAUUUUCUGGUGGAGAAAGUUUAUAUACCACUGGCUACGAUGCAAACGAGAAAAAGCUUAGACCAGUUAACUGUAUCCACACUUUCAGAAGUGCAAUCACUUCUAUGUCCGUCGCUGAUACUGAUAGUUUAUUGGUAACAACAAAUUCAGACUCAGCAAUCAUUUUACGUAAAUUUUGUGGAACUGAAGAGCUGAAAGAUUUUCUACUGUACGUAAAAGACCCCGACUCGAAGUAUUUACUGAAUCAAGCAAAACUAGGUGAUGAUAUCAUCGUUGCUGACAGAUUGCAUUCACAGAUAUUUGUUUUGAGUACUGAGAAAGCCACUUUACCUAGCAAGUUCGCUUACAGAUUGUCAAGUAUCCCGCGGGUUUACUCUUCAAUGUUCAAUAGCUAUUGGGUAAAACCUGAAACCAGUGAAAUGGACCAGGCUGCGUUAUUCAAUAUUAUAUGCGUGGGUGUGAACGGAGAAGUUAUUUCCAUACGUCCAUCAUCCAACGAAAGUUCUGAUAUCGAAGAAUUGGUGAAGACAUUAGGAAUAAAAAAUACCGAUGGGCUGAUAGAGCGCUUCCUCGAAAGACUAGAUAGACCUUUCAAUAAUAAAGUUACAGGGAAAGUAUUUCGCCCUAUUUAUAGGCCAUAUUUUGAUUAUUCUGAGAACAAAGGUGUUGUCAUAGAUUUAGAUCUAGAGGAAAUACUUACGGCCCGUAAUGAAAAUAUAAGCAUAUAAGUCGAAUGAAUAAAACUCCUUGCAUAAAG